AUGUCCAGAUCACCACAAACAAUCUCUAUGCGCCUAGCGCACCUCAUCAAAGCCUGGCCCACCGACCCCGUGCGACCAGCCUCAGUCUCCGUGCAAACAUAUCUCCAAAGCCGCCUCCCCAAGACCGAGUCCGAGACUCCCCAGAUCUCCCAAUCGUCGGUGAUUGCGCUCACAAACCUCCUCAACGAUCAAUAUAGCAAACAAUAUCCUUUACCGCAGAAAUUGCGGUAUCCCGCUAGCAAUCCGACACAUUACGAUGAUGUGGUAAGGGAGUUUGAGGAGGCGCCGAAUCGGACGUGGUUGGGGAGGAUAAAGAAGAGAUUGGGGGGUAUGUUACGGUUGAAAUAG